GUGGUGAAGCCGUGUCUCCACAGUGUGGGUGCAAGAACUGCGGACGGUCCUUCUGCUCAGGCUGCCUUGGCUUCAGCGCUGCUGUUCCUCGCUGUGGAACCACUCAGCAGAAGGUGUGCAAGCAGUGUUAUGGAAAACUAACUGGAGAGGGAUCUCAAAGCAGUUCAGCAAAAUGGUCACCACCAGAAAACUACAAAAAGUGUGUAGCAGCUUUUGAGGCAAAGCAAAACCAGCUGAAAGAACAACAGAAGGCGACUGCAAAACCUGCAGGUCAAGCAAGCUCCAGAUACCAGGGGCUCUCCAAAGAGGAUAGAGCUAUCGCAGAGAGACUGGAGAGGCUCAGGGAGGAAAGGAGACCAAAGUCCGUCCCUACUCAGGCUGAGAUCGAAGCUAGGCUGGCUGCCCUGAAGGAGGACUGCCCGGGACCUGUUCCAUCCGCACAGGAAGUGGAGGACCGGUUGGCUGUCCUACAGGGGAGAGACCCUCCUUCCCAGGCUCCCAGACCUGUACACCAGCCUCCUGAUACCAGAAGUCUGAUCCAGCAGACAGAGGACCUGUUAACUCAACUGUCUGAGGAAGUUGCCAUUGAUGAACAUUACAGAUCAAGAGUCCAGCCUCAGGCUGUUAGUGGCCAAAGUUUGAAUGAUCUCAAUCGGGAAAGUGAAGAUGGUGUUUGCCCUGCAAACCUGGACCCCAAACAGCUAGAGGAAGAGAAGAAUAAACUUCUGGCAGAAGCUGCUGCCGAGCUGCGGGAAGAGAACACUAGGCAGGAAAAGAUCCUACAAGUUGCCAAGAGACUGGCAGCGCUCAGAGGCGAGGACCCAGAGAAAGUUACACUGGAAACCUAUAAACUCCCUGACAGUGAUGAGGAAGUGGCUGAGGAGGAAGCCAUUUGCAGAGUGCUAAAACAGCUCACAGAGGAAGCAGCCCUGGAUGAAGCAAGUGGAUUUAACAUUCCUCCAGAUCAGACCACCCAACCAGGACCCUCACAACAGAACCUGCAUAAGAAAGCAAAGCAAAAGGUCAGUGACGCAGAUGACAGCGAUGAGGAUGAGUUACCCUGGUGCUGUAUCUGCAACGAAGAUGCCACUUUGCGCUGCCAUGGCUGUGACGGGGAUCUGUACUGCCAGCGCUGUUUUCGGGAAGGCCAUGAUGAGUUUGACCUGAAGGACCACCACACCUCCCGCUAUCAUCUUCCACGCAAGUAG